AACAAAGUUUAUAUGAUGUUUUGGCUUUGGUACAGGGUGUACACUACGAUCAUUGUGAAUCAGGAUGAAGAGUAUUGGGUUAGAGAAGUGUUUGAUGCAAAGAAGAUGCGCAAGAAUGUGAUGCAAUUUCCAGCAAAUGUGAUUGAUAGUUGCCUUCUCCGCCAAAUUUCAAACAUUGUUUUACUUGACUGUGAUAAGGGUGAACCAUACUACUGUGAGAUAAAGAAGAGGGAAGAGAAGAAGGAAACAUAUCUGUGUGGGGCGUGGUUUGAUUACGUAAGGAAAGCUGAUUUGAAGGUCGGUGACAAACUCCAUUUUGUCAUCCGAUACCCACCGGUGGAGGAAAUAUUGGUAUAUGUUGAGCGUAGGGCUGCAACCCCAUAGGGGCACCGAGGAGGAUCAUAGUUGCAAUGGUUUUUUUGAAAGUUACUAUUUGUAAUAUUAUAAUUUUAUAUUGUAAACAAUUAUGGAAGUUUAUUAAGUUUUAUUUAUAAUGUUCCAGAUACAAUGUUAGUUGUGAUGUGAAGUGAAGUAUAUUGGGUAUUUUGUAUGUGUUUGUUAAGUUUUAAUGUAAGUGAUUGUUAUUGCUGGGAAAUUUUAUGGUUGACCCCAGUUUAUUAAGAUUGGGCCCUUUUUGUGGUUGUAUUAAUCAUAGCACAUUUUGUUGUUUAUCUGCAUGAUUUAUAUACUUUUUAUAUCAAAAAGUAUUUGUACGGAGUAAGGAUCCAUGCAAAAACCCAUGCAAUGCUCAAAAUU